CGCCGGUGGCGGAGACACCGAUGCCGGACGACCUUGCUGUGACUGACUGACUGACCGUGAUUGAUGUUUUCUUCUCUCCCGUUUCGGCCGCCCUCCCGCGACCCGACCCCGCGUGGCCGCGUGCGUGCGUACACCAGCGCUUACUUUUACUCGAGUGACCUACUGGCGUUCGCUGUUCCCGGAAAUACCCCUCCAGUCUCAUCACAGAGCUUGCUACUACUCCGCGCUGCCGUGGCGGAGGCAAGCGCGGUCAUCUGCCCACUUCACCAGUCCUCGCGCUGUCGUGCCGUCUCCGGCUUCUCGUUCUUGCUCUUGCCCCGGCACCUUCGGUUUCCACCACCACCGCGCGCGCCGCGGCCGACCUGCCCUGCCCCAACUGUGUGUGCUCUUUAAAGCCCUCGCAUCGCCAUUUGCAGAAUUGCCCAGUGCUCUAACCAGAUCUGCUCCGCUCCGCUCCGGGCUGACUAACCGAGCCCGCCGUCUCUGUAGCUAGCUGGUCGUCCGUCGUCGCCACCAACAGGCUAACCACCAACCGCCCAAACGUCUCCACCGCGCGGGCGGAGCGCAGCUGCCCGCCCCGGAUUAACCUCCCUCUCGCCCUCCCCACGCCUCCGAGAUCGCGAGCGAGAGGACGCCACGCUGACAUGGCGGCGGCGACCGUCGCUGCCGCGGGCACGGCGGCGCCGGCGGCGGCCAUGCACGCCGGCAUCCGGCGCUCGCGCUCCGAGCCGCACCUCCGCUGCCCGCGCCGCGCGGGCGCCGCGCUCACCACCAGCCGCUCCAUCGGCGUGUUCCCGUUCCAGCUCGGCGCGGCGCCGCUGCGCCCGCCGCCGCUGCCCGACGGCGGCGCCGACGGCUCCCGGCUGCUCACCGUCGCCGACGACGACCCGCCGGAGGAGCCUGGGCCGGAAAUGCCGCCCGCCCGGAGGCCCGAGGCGCACUGGCUCGGCCGCCUCCUCGAGCUCCGCUCCCGCUUCCACGACCCGACCAAGCGCGACGUACUCGACGACGACGACGACGACCUCUACCGCCUCGACGCUGACCACCACGACGGCGGGUGCGGCGUGAGCUACGACGACGAGGAGGAGGAUGCCAGGUGGGACCGCCACUCCUUCGCCAAGCUGCUGGCAAGGGCCCCGCUCGGAGACGCGCGGCUGUUCGCGCAGCUGGCCUUCCUCUGCAACAUGGCUUACGUCAUCCCCGAGAUCAAGGUCGAGGAGCUGAAGAAGCACUACGGGUUGCGGUUCGUGACGUCGUCUCUGGAGAAGAAGGCGGAGGCCGGCAUCAUAAGCGCCAAGCUGGACGCGGACUCCACGCGGCCGCGCACCGCGCCGGCGUACGAGGUGGCCUCCGGCCCGCAGCCGCGCCGGCCCAUACGACCGCACCUGGCCUACGAGGUGGCCGCGUCGGCCGCGAACUACGUCCGCGCGCGCGCCCGCGGCCUGCUCUCGUUCGGAACGCCGCAGGCGCAGCUGCAGGCCGGCCACGGCAGGCUGUACAACUCGGGCGUGGCCGCGUACAUGGCCGCGUCGACGGUGACGGCGGUGGUGGCCGCCGAGGACGAGGCGCGCCAGGAGGCGGCGCGCGACCUGCGCUCGCCGCUGUCGUCGCCGUGCGAGUGGUUCGUGUGCGACGAGGCGGACGCGCGGACGCGGUGCCUCGUCAUCCAGGGCUCCGACUCGCUGGCGUCGUGGCAGGCCAACCUCCUGUUCGAGCCCACCGAGUUCGAGGGCACGGGCGUGCUGGUGCACCGGGGCAUCUACGAGGCGGCCAAGGGCAUCUACGAGCAGGUGGUGCCGGAGGUCGAGGCGCACCUGCGGAGGGCGCGCGCGGGGCGCGCGCCGCGGCUGCGGCUCACGGGCCACUCGCUCGGCGGCAGCCUCGCGGUGCUGGUCAGCCUGAUGCUGCUGGCGCGCGGCGUGGUGACGCCCGAGGCGCUGCACCCGGUGGUCACCUUCGGGGCGCCGUCCGUGUUCUGCGGCGGGAACCGCGUCCUGGAGGCGCUGGGCGUCGGCGAGGCGCACGUCCGGUCCGUGGCCAUGCACCGUGACAUCGUGCCCAGGGCCUUCUCGUGCCGCUACCCGGGCCAGGCCAUCGCGCUGCUCAAGCGCCUCAACGGCGUGCUCCGCGCCCACCCGUGCCUCAACACGCACAGGUCGCUGUACAUGCCCAUGGGCGCCACGUACAUCCUUCAGCCCGACAGCAGCGUGUCGCCGCGCCACCCGUUCCUCCCCGAGGGCGCGGCGCUGUUCCGCCUGGACUCGGAGCGCUCGCCGACGGCCCUGGUAGCCAGCGCGCUGCGCGCGUUCCUCUACUCGCCGCACCCGCUCGAGACACUGAGCGACCUGUCGGCCUACGGCGCGGGGGGCGCCAUACUCCGGGACCACGAGUCCAGCAACUACUUCAGGGCUCUCAGUGCGCUGGCCAGGGCGCCACCGCGGCGCCGGAAGCAACCGGAGAUCGUGUGGCAGUUGCCCGGCGUCGAGCGGCUGCAGCAGUAUUGGUGGCCGGGGAUCGCCGGCACCGUCAUCCCCGCACCGGUGGCCGUCCUCAGCAACAAGGAGCUGGUGUCCGAGGCAUAGGACUUCACGCUGCGUUCCUUGGGUUUGCUCGCUUGAGCAAUGUAACAUUAUUUGGUUCUUUGGUUGGUUCCGCACGAGGUACAUAGAGAAUGCACAGCUUCUUUUGGUGUUUGCGUUCGUGUAAAAACUGUAAUAAUCAUGCAUAGCGUAGGACGGUAGGAGCGUGUCUGGUUUGGUGUCCUGAUCCGCGGCUGCUCAAUAAGACAAUGGGCUUUGUCUUGGGUUCCUGCGAAGGAACGGAUGAGUUAACAUGUAAACUUGUUUCAAUGAAGCCUUAGAAUUCUUAAC